UAUAUAUAUAUAGGUGCGCACGGAUUAUUGUGUCUCUGCUCAAAAAGAGACAAACAAAAUCCUCUGAAUUUUUUUUAAUUAAUUAUCCAUACAAAUCUAUAUGUAUAGCAUCCGUAUAAUCUUUAAUGAUCAAACGGUAUUAUCAAGUGAAAUCUAAAAUUGUGUUGUAGGGAACACAAAUAGCAGGUACAUAGUUGUUAUUGUCAGAUCUUAAACUGUCAGACUCUCUCCUGAAAUUGGAGUAAUUGCUCUGCACAAUGGAGACGGACAAGGCACCCCCGAUUGACCCAGAUUUUGAGCCCCAGAGUAGACCUAGGUCUUGCACAUGGCCACUGCCACGGCCCGACAUCUCAGCUGUCAAAGUGGAGGGGCCAGACGGCACCGGGUCCGCCGCGGGAACCCCACCUGCUGAGGAAGAUAAACAGGAGCCUCAGCCAAUCUUACCCGAGCCCGAAAAAUCCGCCGCCUCGGAUGGAGGCGCGCUACCCGGAGUGGGUGGAGCCACACCUCGUAAGGGUUCGUCCCGGCGCAAUGCCUGGGGAAAUCAGUCCUAUGCUGAUCUGAUAAGCCAAGCGAUUGAGAACUCGCCGGAGAAGCGUCUAACUCUGGCACAAAUCUAUGACUGGAUGGUCAAAACCGUGCCGUAUUUUAAGGAUAAAGGUGACAGCAACAGUUCUGCUGGAUGGAAGAACUCAAUUCGUCACAAUUUGUCCCUUCACAACAAGUUUUUGAGAGUACACAAUGAAUCUACUGGAAAGAGCUCCUGGUGGAUGCUUAAUCCUGAAGGGGGUAAGACUGGGAAAGCCCCUCGGCGCCGUGCUACCUCCAUGGACAAUAGCACUAAAUUGCUAAAAAGUCGCAUGCGGGCAAAGCAGACCAAGAAGCAGGCGGCAGCAGGUGGUGUUGGUGGUCCUGGUAGUGCCAUACAGGGUGAGGGUGUGUCCGGGGCAGUGACUGCAGACAGUCCUGGUCCUUCAGGACAGUUUGGAAAGUGGGGAAUGAACAGUAGCAGCCCAUCAUCACGGGGUAGCUUGGAUGACCAAGAUAUGUGGACAAGCUUCAGACCACGCACCAGUUCAAAUGCCAGCACUUUGAGUGGCAGGCACUCUCCAAUUCCCCCAGUGAAAGAAGAUGAAGAUGACUUGCCUGAAGAUGGUCUUCUGAGCGGGUAUCCCACUAGCAGCCUUCCACCUACCCUUACUGAGACCCUAAUGGAGGAACUGGACCUAAUUGAUGGGCUUACCUUAAUUACAUCUCAGCAAGGCGGUGCAAGCCCUAGCACAGCACCGCAAGCCCCACCUACUCCUCUGCCUUCUGCUUCUACCCUUCUGCCUCGUGGGUCUAAUUUUGCUUCAUAUUGUAAGAUGCAGCCAGUGAAGGGAUCUCAAGGACCAUCCCAACCAGGGUCACAGAACUCUGUUCAGCCGGCCGGGGAGUCCAACACAAGCCUAUCAAACUUUGGAAACUCCCUCUUUAACCCUCUGCCUGGUCCGGGAUCUCGAAGUUUUAGCACCCAUGUACCAUCCAGUCUUGAGGCACUCCUCACCUCUGACUCACCCCCACCAGCUGAUAUCUUGAUGACGCAAGUGGACCCUCUGAUGCCCAGCCAGGGAGGUGCUAAUCAUUUGGGCCUUGGGGAUCCCAUGUCUGGGAAUCAAACCAAGGCUGGUCAAAUGAUGUUGGGCAAGUCAAUGGAACCUAGACCAGUGCCGCAAAUGAGCCUUCAGUCUCAAUCCCAGCUACAGCCCCAGCAGCACUCUGAAAUGAGCUUUGGCAUGAUGCUGUCCGGCAUGGGCCAGGAACACCCACAGCUAGCAGCCAUGAAAAGCCAGCAUCAAAUGCCAAGUGGAGGGCUACUUCAACAUGGAGCUGUUCCUUCUGCAUCUGGGAAUGGAGGUAUUCAGGGCAUAAGCCAAUAUGGGACUCCAGCUUGCUUUUUGCCCUCUCAGGAUCGUCUGCCCACAGAUUUAGACAUUGAAAUGUUUACAGAGAACCUGGACUGUGAUGUUGAUUACAUCAUUAACAGUGACCUUAUGGAUGGAGAUAUGAGUGACUUCAACUUUGACCCCAUUGUAUCAGGUGGGCAAAAUUACCCUGGGACAGGCACCACACAGAGCUCAUCUCAAAACUGGGUUCCCAGCUAACUCUGCUAUGGACAGCAGCAGGUCAGCCUUUCAUCCCUAACCAAAUAAUGGAAUCUUACAUGGUGCAUUAAUUAAAAUGUCACCUUCAUUUUUUUUUUUUUUUUUUUUUUGCCUCCACAUUUGCCAUUGUACCUCAAAUCCACAAACUGCUUCGACAUGAUAUAGAAACUUUGGCCAAAUUUUUAAGACAUUUUUGGCAACUUUUUUGGCUCACAAAAACAAACCAUACACAAGUGCCAAUAUACACAGGGAAGUCAGCUAUUAGACACCAGACCUGGAAGAUGAAUACCCAGAAGAAGUAGUUGUUGUUUUUUUUCAGUGAUAUCGACUAGGAAAAAGGAGAAAAGAAAUUAACGGUGAAGCACAAGUACUAAAGUACUAAUCAAGCUGAUUACAGAAAUGCCUAUGACUAACACCAAAGUAGUACAUGGCUGAAAUGGUACUUUCCCUAGGUUUGAAGACAGAACUGAUUUGGCCAGCAGAAUCAAACUUUCCUUGAGAUACUUGAGAAAAUUUCUUCAACAGUCAACAACUUAAAAAAAAAACAACACAUCAUGCAAUUUCAAAAUCAGUGCUUUAUUGAUCACUUGGAUGGAACCUUCUGUUGGUGGGAGCACAAACCUGCCACCAUAUGAACAUUUACAGCAUCCAUCCGAGUUUGAAUGGGGACAGUUCCAGUGAGCCCAGAACAUGAACAUUUGGACACUUAUACAGGAGUAAUAUACUCUGUGGUACAAAGUAUGAUCAUAUUUUACAUUGGAGGCAAAAUAUUUUUAGGUGGUUGAUAAUGAUUCUUGUCAUUAUGAUUUAAUGCUUUUACUUCAGCAUUUAUGACUCUACUCAGGAAGGUGCCCCCUUCUCCUUGUGUCCUAAAGAGUGGGGACUGAUCAUUUGAGUGAGAAUUUCUAUUGAUGAUUCGUUCUUAAAUUGUUAACAGUAUGAAGAAAUGUGAUUUUACAUAGGGCAUUUUGAUUUUAUCAUAGAACUGUAAUUCUCCAGGUUCUAUGGUUUUUACCACUUUGCCAACUGUCAAAUUGAAUGGCAUUGUGUUAUUAAUGUGCCCAUUUACAGGAUACAAUAUUUGAAGGGUUUGUGUGCAUGCGUGUGUGGUACGUGUGUGUGUGAUGAUUUAAGUACUUACAAGUGCUUAAAUUCAGCAGAGGAGAAACAAUCAAAAGUAACGUGGAAUAAUUUAAUUCAAAGGAUGAAACUGAUUGGUUCUUCAACAGAUGCUAUAUAAAAUGUGCCCUUAUUGUAUAGAAUUGUGUACAUCUGCGCAAAGAAAAGGGCAAAACACACUUUUCUCAGAGAUCGGCUAUUUCUUAUGUAGUACUAACAAUCUUUUGUAUAGAUUUGUUAAAAUGAAACGGAAAACAAUUUUAGUAUACUGACUAAUUUUAAUGUCAAAUUUUUAAAUUGGGGGCUAUAUUCCCCCCAAAAAACAUCAUUUAUACUAAUCAGAAAAUACUCUUAAGAAAAACCCUCUUAAAAUGCAGAAACUAUUUUUAACGGUCAUUUUCUAUGUAAUCUUUUAUUUUUGUAAAAGAUAAGAUGCAUGUAGAUUUUAUACAUAACCAAAGGAACACUAAGAAGAACAUUUUAAAGUGGGAUGGCUUCAGAGGAAAGUAUUGCAGCUUUUAUACCGUGUUAACUUUAUUGUGGAGUAAACAGAUUGCAUGGGUGCAGUUAACAGUAUAACGCCUCGCAGAUUAGAUCACUACUGUAUUUGGAGUAAAAAAUAAAUGUAUAAAUAAAAUAGGAUGAAGUGAUCAUUUCAGUUCGAUCAUUUCACCAGGCAAUUCAUAUUUCAUCAAAAAAAUAAAAAGCUAAAAAGAGAAAGACGAACAUGAUGAUAUUGAUGCAAAGUAACUCUCAGGGUUUAAAAAAACAGUAGUUAUAUUAAGUAAAUAAGUAAUAUUGAUUAAAAACUUCCAGAUGGAAGCGGAAAGAUAAUCAUUGCUGAUUUUACAAAAGCCUCUCCGCCAUCAAUGGAAAUGUUCUAACAUUACAGAAGUUAGAGCUUGAUGCUCCACUUGAAAACGAGGGGUUGUGUAACAUAUGCAUUAACCGAAUUUCGGUAAAAAACAAACAAAAAAAUGUAAAAGUUAUAAACUGCCAACAAACACUAGCAUGUUUAUCUAGAACAAACCAUGUAUCUCCAUAUUCUUUCUUUUCUUUUUUCCUUUUGAGCUGUUGAUGUAGAAAUGUAGUUUUUACUUUGUUUUUAUUUUCCUUUGUUUAUGUAGAUUAAACUUUGGUUUUCGAGCUGGAUAUUAUUCAUUAAUCUUUUAACGGUAAUAAUAUAAGUAUAUUAAAAAUAUGAAUUAACUGUUAAAGCGUUCUGUUCUUGCAGAGGAUGGUUGUUUCCUCCUGUCAGUUGGUGCUAGACAUGACAAAGUCAGCCAUACUUAGAGCCUUUAUUUUAUGCAGCACAUCUUCAGCACAUUUUAUAGAUGCAGAAACCUACAAACAUAAAUUCACUUUUAUCACUUGUUCCUCAGUAGAUUAGAUCCUCAGUAAUUUACUAGAAAUGAGUGAUUAGCUACGGAAGGAGUCUUCACACACAUACAUUUCUUGAAAUCUGUUUUUUUUUUUUCUUGGAGGAAAAAAGGAAACAGUGUUACUAUGUUCAUCUUAAUCUGUAUUUUAACAAACCGUUUACAUUGUUGCUCUCUUCUUUUCAGACUUUUUUUGUUGUUGUUGUUCCUUUAAAGUUCCACACGUUUGAUGGGGUUUGGUUUAUGUGUAUAAAAUCUCAAAGGAUUUGAGAAUGAACCAGCAGGUGAGGUUUAGAGAAGAAGGCUAUAGUGGAAUCUGCUGAAGUGGAAACUUUUCUACACUGAACCCAGUGUGAACCCAUUGUGAUUAUUUGCCUAAAAUCUCCAAGUUAAAUAAAAAGAUGCCAGAAAAAGUGCAUGAAAAGCAGAUGAAACGGAGCCUUCGGUCAAAACGAAGGCGAUUACUAUUGAAAGUAUAGAAUGUAAACGACAAAAAUUCCCCUUUAGAGUGAGAAACUUUCGGCAGGAUUUUAAACAUCUUGAUCUCAGCUCACACGACAGUCUCAUGCUUUCUCGUGUUUAAUGUGUUUCCCCCCCUGUUCUGAAAAUGUCUACUAAUAUCCCAGUUGAUAAAACACUAUUUUAUUAGUUUGUGGAUAGAUUUUGUUGUUUUGGGGGAAAGGGGGUGUAAAUGUUUGGUGAGUGCUUAGCCAGUUAACUAUAUAUGUAUUUCACUCAUUGCUUUGUAUUGAUUAAUGUAUGUUUUUCUUUCCCUUGCUCUUCUUACUUUAUCAUUAAGUUAGCCAGAAGUGACUGUGAAACAGUCUAAAAUAUCUGAAAUAAAUUUAAUCAGUUUAACUCA